AUGUCUUCUCUUCCUCAACUUACUAACGUCAACGGAGUUAAGGCUGACCCAAAAUUAUUAAGAGACCCUUCUACCUUGGAAUCUAUUUCUUCUGUUAUAUCUGGUUGGUCAUCUUACGUGGCUAAUUCUUUACCGAAUUCUAUUGCUUCUUUACGUAAAGCUUCUGCAAACUCUACAACCGAUUAUCAACCGCCCAUAAACUAUUAUCCGGACUAUUUGUCGCAUCAAUUAGCCAACGAUAUGAAUUCUCAAUCAUUUCCUAUUUCUGAUGGACUUUUUGAUAAAAAAAAAGAUUUGAUCUUAUACGCAGCAUUUGAUGAAAUUAUAACUUCAGCUUCUAAUUCUCAUAAUUGCGAAAAAAAUGUAUUAAAAUUCUUUUCUCUAAAAACGAAUCAAAUUGUAAAGACGUUAGAUUUUGAGAAUGAGGGUAACAUUGUUAAUGUGAAUUGUAAUGAACGAGCCAUCGUUGUGAGUCUCAUUAAUCCACCAAGACUUCAUAUAAUCUCACCUUUAACACUGGCUCCAUUGUUCCUUUCACCAUUACAAGAUGUUGCGAUACAUCCUUCUACUCGAGCUCCAGUGUUCGCGUUAGGACCUCGAUUGUUGGCUUAUUCAACAACGAGUCAUCCUCCAGAAACGGAUGCUAACUUGGAUAGUCAUGCAAUGGAUGAAAGUGAUGGUAAUGUUGGAACAACUGGAAAAUAUCAAGAAGUUGCAAAAGGUGUUGCAAAAGAAGUUGUUAAUGGUGUAAAAUUUUUGGGCGACUAUGGAUACCAAACUUUUUCUGCUUAUUUUGCCAACUCAAAUUCUCCACAAGUUACAAUGCCUAUAAAUAUUAAAAAUCGUGCAGGUUCAAUUAGUCCCGCUUCACGUGGUUCAUUCUCUCCACAAGAUAGUCCAUCUAAUGGAUAUUAUUACAAUUUAAAGAGCGGAGGUGUUAGCAAUGGUAGUGGAGAAAGUAGCAAUAUUGUAGGCUUAAAUUAUAACAUUAGUGGUUAUGAAAAUGACAAAGAAAAUGGUGCUAUAGGAGCGGUAAUGAAUUUAAAACAUGUGUACCAACUAUCUAGAGGUUAUACGAAUGCUAGUGUUAGUGAUGGAGGUGUAGGUUGGAGUGGUGAUUCCAGGUGGUGUGCAGUCGCUAGUGGGCGAGGAACUAUCCAUGUGUUUGCAAUAAAUCCCUAUGGUGGUCCUGCACAUGUGCCUUCUCAUAUAACAGGAUGGGUUAAUAAUGUAGAUGAAUUGCAUAAAUCAACCACACAAUCACCUGUGGUUCGUAUUAAGCCUCGAACUCCUUUACCACAAGAUUCAUCAGACGUUAAUUUUGCUUCACAAGGCUCAAAUAUGUAUCUUAAUAAGCCUUAUGAGCAUUAUCAAUUAUCGUCUACAGAUUCUAAUGCUUCUUCAAUUGAUCAAUCACGUCGUCAAAGCCAAUUACAAUAUCAUGGAAAUCCGAAUAAUUUUUAUCCUCAAUAUAAUGGUCAAUCACAUUUAUCACAUCCAUAUAUUCCACUUCCUUCUUAUUACAUGAGAAAGUCUCCAGGAAUCUGUAUUAAAUUCUUACCUUCUAUGCCUAAUGGUUCUAAAUCAGAAUUAAAUGCAAACAAUGGUUUGUUAAUUGCUAACUUGCAUGCCAAGAGACAAGCUAAAAGGAGAUCAUCUCCUAAUGUUGUAAUGGAAGGUAUUAAAUCAAAUGGUACUUCUACGGGAAGAAAAAGUCGUAGAAGAACUCAAUCAUGGUCACAAAAUUCUAUAAACAAUUCUUCUCACUCUAAUUAUCUUGGGGUUGAAACUCGGGAUAACAAAUUAGAUGAUAUUGGAUAUCAAGAUUUGUUGAGUUUUCACCCCGCUGGUAUAUUGACGUUACAUCGUGUGUGGAUGGAGAAAACAGUUGUUGAAGAAACUUCUAGUCAAGGAACAAAAGAUGAAAUAAACAAUACUAAUUUAAUUACUCUUGCUGGUACUCAAUUAUCAGGAAGUGCGGCUACUGUCGCAAAUGUUGGUAGAGCAUUAGUAGGUGGUGCCGCAGGUGUUGUGAGUAUAGGGAUGGGAAUUGCUGGUUCUGUUAAAAAAGAAUUAGGAACUUUAGAUAUGGUGACGAAUUACGAAGACAUUGCUGAGUGGCAAUUAAUUCGUAAUAGUUCUUGGGCUGAAGUGAAAAAUGUCAUUGAAGCUCCAAAGAAAUGCACCGAAAGUGAAAUUUCGAUUAAACGAGAUGGAAAAAAUUGGCUUGCAAAUGCUGAAAUUGCAACCCAUACCGAUUCAAAAAUGUCUCUACCUCCACCACUGUGGGCAACUCCUCAAUUUUCAUUUCAAGUAUUUUUACCUGGUUAUAAAGAUGCUAUAAAAAAAGGUGAAGUACCUCGCUCAAAGAAGAUUGAAGUACGAAGGGACAUUGUGGAAAGUGUAGAACUUGUUAAUGAAGCUAAUGAUGAUGAAUUUGGUGUUAAAGGAUGGAUGGAUAAAGAAAACAAAUCUAACCACAAUAAAGGCAAGAUUAGUAAAGCGGUUCUUGUUCCAGCGGGUAAAGCAAUUGGCAGAGGAGCUGGGGAUAUUUCUGGUGAUGCUUAUCACAUUCACAUUGGAAACAAUAUUCCUUCUAUAACAGCGACAUCUACAUCAUCUCCAAAAUAUAAAAAUCAUUCAUCAAUAGGAUUUUCAUCAGUUUCAUCAAACUUGAUUGCAAAUGACUCCACAUUUGAGCAGCGGUCAACUCCAUUUACACGAUCGUUUUCGUCGUCAUCUAUAGCUUCUGAUAUUACUUACAAUGAUGAAGUUGAUGAAUAUGUAAAAGAAGAUGAUCAUGAAAUAAAUGAAUUAAACGAUGAUUCAAACGAAGGUGGAAAUUUCUUUUUUUCGCCUGAUGGUGAUAAUGAGGUAGGCUUACCUAGUGACAGCAUGAUUGAGUUUUAA